AACACAUGCUUCGAAGGUUGAAAGAACAAGUUUCGCAAGUCGCGAAUGAUAUUGACGGCCGACUAAACAACAGUCGACCAAGUAUUUCAAGUCAAGGUUCACAGUCGCAAUCACAAAAAUCAGAAAAUGAUCAGGAGAUCGAAGGGUUCUUGUGCCCAAUGUGUAUGGUAGAGCUCGGUGGUCCUGAUGAACUUACUGUUCAUUUUGAAAAAGAACAUUCUGACUUUCAGACAUCAGCCAACAGAAAUCAUCCCGAUUACACUCCACCUCAGCAAGCUCCACUCGCCUUUGCUACAAAAGAUCAAGAAAUUGAAGAGCUUCGAAUAAGAGUUAACGAAGAGAAACGUUUUGCUGAACGGAUAAAAGAAGAACUUGAUAAUAUUAAAUCGGUAAUGGCAAUAGCUUCAGAAGUCACAGAAGAUGAGAUUCCAUACAUGGCACAGCAGAUUCAAGUUCUCACAGCCGACAAAGGAAUGGUUACUCGGCAAUUUCUGGAACUUGAGAAAGAGAGCGGCCAGCAGUCCCGAGAAUUGCAACAAGUUAAACAAGAACGUGGAGAUUUGAUGGCCAAAUUGAAACAGAUGAGCGUCACAAUGCGCGAAAUUACGGAUGAAUCUGAAUCGGGCAAAGUUGAAAUGGAGGAUCUGAAAAGAGAGCUGAAAGUUGUGAAAUCAGAUGUUGUUCGGUACGAAAUCGAAGUUUCUCGGCUUGAAAAGAUGCUCGAUCAGAGGCCUUCUGAAGAUGAUGUGAAUGUUUUGCGUACUGAGCUAGUUAAUGCUCAAAAACUAAUGGAUGCUAUUUCUCAGGAGAAAGAUAUCGAAAUCAAGGAACACCUAAAUUCGAUUCGUAAUUUAAGCAUGGAACGUGAAAAACAGCACAUCGUAAAUGAGAACUUGGAAAAGAAAAUUGGCGAAGGAGAAGAAACUGUGAAGCAGUUGCAAAUAUCGUAUGAUGCUCAAUCCGAAGAAUUGAAACAACGAAAUGAACGGGUUGUUCAAUUAGAAGCCAGAAUCGAAGAGAACGUGUUCGAAUUAAGUGAAAACAAGCAAAACGUUAAAAGGCUCGAAGAUAAAGUACAAGAAUCACAAGAUGCUCUUCAAAUGUUAUCUAAUAUCAAUGGAUCUAAUGAAGAACAAAUGAUAAGCCUGAAUUCAAAAUUCGAGCGGAAUACAGCGGAGAGGAAACGAAUUGAGGCGGUUUUCGAGGAAAAAGUAACAGUGCAAGGGGAAAGACUAAAAACGCUUGAAAUGGCAAAUCUUGACCUCACUAACGAGCUCGCCUCAAUGGGAUCUCUUCUCGAUAAGGAACGAAGUCUUCUGGAAGAAAAGAACAAAGAAAUUUCGGAACGAGACUCGUCCAUCAAUGAUUUGAAAGAAAAGUUGGCAGAAAGUGAGAAAAAAGCAACAAAGUACAAAAACGAGUUGAAAGAACACGCUGAUCUUGUCGAGAAUCUUACUCUCCAACUCAACAAACUUCAAGAAAACUCGAAAGAUUUAAUGGAGAAAAUCUCAGCCGGAGAAGGUGGAGCCAAGAUGGCAAUCGAGCAACUUGAACAGGAAAAAGUGAAAUUAACGAAUGAACUCCAAACAUCGUCUGAAAAAACUAAGAAAGCUUCCGGAGAACUUGAAGCCAAAAUUUCAGAAUUGGAGAAAAAGCUGAGAGAUGCUGAAGCAUCAAGGACUGACAAAGAACAAAAAUGGAAACAAGAAAAAGAAUCAUUCGAAAGGAAACUUGCUGAAGCUGAAGAUGAAAUUAAAAGGAAAGGAGAAAGAUUUGUUGAAAUGGAAAAAGAAAUGGAAGAGGAACGACAAAAGGCAACUGACAGAACAUUAAAGUUGAAGGAUGCUCUUGUGAAUUCGGAAAAGAAUUUAGAAACAAUUAAAAAAGAGAGUGAAGAUCGCGAAAAGAUUGUUCGGGAGAAAGACGCACAUUUGGAAGAGAACAAGAAACGAAUUGAAGACGCAGUUCAGAAGCUUGAAGAAGCCGAAAAACGAGCAAGAGAAUUGGAAGCUUCAGUUUCGAGUCGAGAUACAACUGUUUCAACUAAAGAAUCAGAGCUCUCCGAGCUAAAGGGAAAAUUGACAGAAUCGAAUUCGUUCAUAGAAGAACUCAAAGUGCAGGUAGAGAAGGUGAGCAACGAGAUUUCCGAAAAACAACAAGAAGUCGAGAAUCUAAUGGCGGAGAUGCGUGAUAAGGAGGCUCAUUGGAAAACGAAACGAGACGAAUUCGAGGCUCAGAUGCUUAGAAAUCAAGAAGACAAUGAAGAAGCUUCUUCAACAUUGAAAUCAGUUCAAGAACAGUUGAUGAAAGAAAAAGAGACAUCUGGCGAAGAAAAAAAUCAGCUCAUCUCGGUCAAAUCUCAGCUUGAGGAAUUGAAAACAGAAGUCGAACGGCUUAUUCGUUCAGAAGAAGAAAAGACACAAGAAAUAGAAAAAUUGAAAUCAGCUGUCACAGCUACUACUCAAGAGCGUGAUGAAUUGACUGCAACAUCAGAGUCUCUUCGAACAGAAUGUGAAAAUCUCAAUAGCAAAAUUCAAUCCAUUGAAGAAAGUCGUAGGCAUGCCGAAGAAAAAGGAUCUGAAAAUUUGGAGAGAAUGAUUACGGAAAAGUCAAGACUUGAAAAAGAUAUUGAAGAAAGGGAAUCCACAAUUCAGUCGAUUCAAGAAGCAUUAGAAACCAAAGAUAACGAAAUUGAGUCUCUGAAAACUACGCAACGUGUCGUGGAAGAUGAGCUAGUUUCAAAAAUCUCGCACAUCGAAUCUUUCAAUUCUAGAAUUGAAGAGUUUGAGAAAGAAAUGGCCAGUGGAAAGAGAACGAUCGAACGAUUAGAAGCAGAAAAAGCAGAAGAAACUGAGAAGCUUGUCGUUUUCACUGGAACACAGAGCCAGAAACAAGAAGAAUUGGAAAAGUUGCAGAAGGAGAUUCAAGAGAAGGAAACUACGAUUGCAAGGAUGACAUCCAGCAAAACACAAUUUGAAGCCAUGUUCGCCGACGUUCAACAGACACUUUCGAAAGAAAUAAAUGAUAAAACUGAAGAAAUUGAACGGCUCAUGGAAAGAAUUGAUAGCCUUGAAAAGGUGAAUCAUUCAAGAAUCGAAGAAUUAGAGAGCAGAUUGACUCAAAGAGAACGAGUCGUUGAAUCUCUUGAAGCUGAUUUGGCUGCAGUCAGAAAUAUCGAACAAGAGAAACUUGAUGAGUUGCAGAAAUUGAAAGAAGAAUUUGAUGAAUUGAAAAAAGCUGAAACAAUGUGGCAAGCAGAGAAAGAUAUGCUAAUCGAGCGGUGUCUUGGCAGUGAAAGUGACAUUGAAUACGAGAAAGAGAGAUCACAAGAGAAUAAGAGAAGAUUUGAUGAUGCUCUUUCAGCCAUGCAUGAACUUGGAAGAGCCAAUCAGUCACUGCAGAUUGAUGCCGACCGUUACAGUUCUCGGAAAUGGCUUGACGAUGCAGAAGCAAUUAAUUGUACCGAAUGUGGAAAGGUGUUUUCUCUGACAGUUCGAAAGCAUCAUUGCCGAGUUUGUGGAAAGAUUUAUUGCAAUCCAUGCAGUUCAAAAUCAGUCCGAAUUGCGAGUGCCAAGAAUCCAGUCCGAGCCUGCAACACGUGCUUCACUGAUUCCCAGAAAUGAUUUUAUUAAUUUAUAAUUUUAAAAUUUAAAUUCAAUGAUCUGAUUAUGAUCUAUGUUUGUAAAUUAUCAAAUGCCCUAAUUUAUAUACAAGUACACUUAUAUUUAUUAAUCAUAUUGAAUCCAUCUCCCAAUCCCUGCCCGUAUAUACAGAGUUAUGUGCCAUUUCACGAGACCGCCCCCAAUCAAAAAGACACUCACGAGUUUCAGUUUUACCAAUCCCGAUCCUAGUUCAUUGUGUGAUACAUUGCCAUUUUAGUCAUUUUCUUUCUAUGUGCUAUUGAUGAAUUUAUAUUGAUUA